AUGCCAGGAUCAGUAUUUGCCAAGUCAUGGGUUGAGUUUGCUCCUAUUGCCACCAUCAUCGGUUCGUCCAACGCGACGCCGUUGGUGUUAGGGGCAAAAGGACCUAGCGGCUUGGCCUGGGCGGGGAUGAGUGUGUUUGGAUCCCUGCAAGUCUUGAAGGCGUGUUCUGCAGCGGCAAUUCCUGACUGGCUCCGGCAAUCUAUCAAGUUGAGAGAUGAGUCUACCGACUCGGCUCUCGGAUUCAGACUGCUCCUCGAUUCGACGAUCGGCGAUGCGUCAGCUAGGCGGGAGCUGGGACCAACCGCCGUGGCAAUGGUCUAUGGAGCUGGAGAUCGCUGCCCACGCGAUGUCUACGCAUUGGAUGCGUACACUGAAAGUCUUUUACGCGAUGUGCCGGAAUGCAAGCAAGACAAGGCUCUGACAGUGUGUUCCUUCUCUGACACUCGUUGCUCGCACGAGCCCAGAGCCAAGGAAGAGCUCUUUUGGCUAGCUUUCUCCCUGGCCAAGCUCAGUGAGCUUGUUGUCUUGUGUUAUCUCAAUGCCCUGAGGCUUGGCCUUGCAAGUAUCGCGCCUUACACUGUCUUCUUUCUUCAUGCAGUCGUGUUACACUGGAGAGGCAGAAUCCGGGAGCACUGCGAGGACGCUCGGAGCCGCGGCCAUGUGCUGGACAUUAUCGCGGGAGACUUACCGACGGCCCGAAAAGCCGGCUUCGGUGGCCGCAGGGUCUAUCUAGGCAUCCCUCAGAACUUUCGACGCAGCACCGUGUGGAAGGUGGCAUGGAGCCUUGGCGCACUGGCGUACGCUUGCUCGCUGCCCUACGGCUAUUCCCUUCUGAAAAAGCAGAAGGAGAGCGUCAUCUGUAUCUGGACUGUGUUUCAAGUCGUAUGGGUUCUAUUGCGGCAUGCCUUCUCCCACUUCGCCAAGGGAGCGGAUAACCCCAGGUGCCAUCCGCCGAAUAAGGAAUCAUUGGACAAACUGACCAUUGAUGGACGCAAGAAAUUGUGGCACCUGGUAAUGGGUUUGGCGAGGUAUCAGAUCACCUUUCACCCACGCGGUAACUACUCGUACACGGAGGAGCUACAGAGUUAUAAUGUGGUUGUGAAAUCAGAUAUCCGACGGGCAUUGCCUUCCGAUUUCGAGAAUAGAUCAAGUAUCAUCAUUACCGGUAUUCUAGGUGAUACGCUGUUGGCAGCUGCAGCAUGGCUGAAGGGAUCGGAAAGUAACGCUAUGGAGCUCUAUGACUGCUGUGUGGUUUCCGUCAAGUACAAUGACGACACUAUUUCGAUCCCCGCAUGUCGGGUGUUGUUCAACACGUCGGGCAAGGGAGAAGACGUAGGAGACUACGAAGGCAAUCCAUCAGACAUCCAUCGACCGAAAGGAGGGCCAAAUGCUGGGCCAAAAACUGUUGAAUGGUGUUAUUGGUUCCCCCUCACCACUGAAUCUGAGUUCUCUGAACGAGAUUAUGCGCGACCUGGACUAAACUACCUCGCGCGUGUCAGUGUUGAUCAAUUGAUCAAUUGCCUCUGUGGUCAGACGCGCAAGAGAUACUAUGCUACGACAGCACUGUGCCAACCGCGAGCAAGAAUGGAUCUGAAUUAG